GACGAUAAAUAGUUUACGGGCGUCGGCUGCACCGCGCGCGUCGCAGUAGUACCGCGCAUCGCACCGUGCCACCCGCUUUCCAACCCAAAGACGCAGCCGGCAGCCCCGCACUUCCGCUUAAACCCCGGAACCACCAACCGGGGGGAGCACGCACGCCCAUGCAGCCACGGCGCACGCGCUGACACGGACAUAUCCGCGCCGCGCCCCCAGUCCUACCCACCUCCGCCAUGGUGGCCGGCCGCGUCAAGGCCGCCAUGGGCUUCCAGCGCAGCCCCAAGGAGGCCGCCAAGUCGCCAGCUCCCGCGCCGGCUCCUCACGUUCGGCGAACGCCGGAGACUCCUACCCGGGGGUCGUCGUCUGGCUCACCUGCGCCGGCCGGCUCGGCGUCCAAGGCGGUCUCCUUCGCGCGGUCCUUGGGCGUUCACUUCCCGCGCUCGUCGGCUCAGGUGCAGCCGGCGCGCGCCCCGCCGGAGGUCGCCGAGCUGUUGCGCGCCAUCGAGCAGCUCCAGGAGAGGGAGUCGCGCCUCCGCGUUGAGCUGCUGGAGCAGAAGAUACUGAAGGAGACCGUCGCCAUCGUCCCCUUCUUGGAGGCCGAGCUAGCAGCGAAGAGCAGCGAGCUGGAGAAAUGCAAGGAAACCGCCUCUCGACUGGAGUCAGAGAACAUGCGGCUGUGUGCCGAGCUCGACGCCGCCGUGCUGGAGGUAACGAGCAGGAAACAGAGGAUUGUCCGCAUGGAGAAGGAAAUGGAAGAGCUGAAGAAGCAACAGGAGGCUGCCGCGGCGGACGCAGACGACUGCUCCUCGACGGCUUCGGUUUCGCACGAGCAAACCGAGAGCUCUAGUGCCUCAGCCAAUCCCGCGAGUUUGGCACGUAGACCGUCCAUUCCACCGCCCCCUCCACCAAUGCCACCGGCGGCAUCCAAGUCCAAGGCCUACUCUGCCUCGUCGCGCGCGUCGCCUCCGAGUACUUCGGCACCCUCGCCGUCUUCCUCCACUUCGACUUCACCAACAUACUCCGGCUCGUCGUCAGACACCGCUGCCACGCCAAGAAACCGAAAACCGGAGCUCUCGAAGCUACCACCGAUACCUCCACCACCGCCCAUGCCGGCACUCAGCGUUUGCGGCCGCGCAGCCGCGCCACCUCCGCCGCCGCCGCCUCCUCCGGCUCGGAGAACGUCGGGGGCAACUUCGCCAGCAGUGUCGGGACCGCGCGUGACGAGAGUGCCUGAAGUGGUAGAGUUCUACCACUCACUGAUGCGGAGGGAUUCAAGAUCGAGGGACGGGAGCGGCGGAGGCGAAACCGCCAACGGCGGCGGUGUGGCCGCGGCGAGGGACAUGAUCGGCGAAAUCGAGAAUCGGUCGGCUCACCUUCUCGCGAUCAAGUCGGACGUCGAGAGGCAGGGGGACUUCAUCCGGUUCCUCAUCAAGGAGGUGGAGGGCGCGGCGUUCGUCGACAUCGAGGACGUGGUCACCUUCGUCAAGUGGCUCGACAACGAGCUGUCGCGCCUGGUGGACGAGCGGGCCGUGCUGAAGCACUUCGAGUGGCCGGAGCACAAGGCGGACGCGCUCCGCGAGGCGGCGUUCGGCUACUGCGACCUCAAGAAGCUGGAGGUGGAGGCCUCCUCGUUCCGCGACGACGCGCGCCAGCCCUGCGCCGCCGCGCUCAAGAAGAUGCAGGCGCUCUUCGAGAAGCUGGAGCACGGCGUCUACAACCUCGCCCGCAUCCGGGACGGCGCCACGGGCAGGUACAGCCGGUUCCAGAUCCCGUGCGAGUGGAUGCAGCAAGACACCGGCAUCGUGAGCCAGAUCAAACUACAGUCGGUGAUGUUAGCAAUGAAGUACCUGAAGCGGGUCUCAUCUGAACUUGAAGCUAUUAAGGGUGGCCCUGACGAAGAAGAACUAAUGCUUCAAGGGGUGCGAUUCGCCUUCAGGGUACACCAGUUUGCAGGUGGAUUCGACGUGGACACCAUGCGAGCAUUCCAGGAGCUCAAGGAGAAGGCAUCUAUGUGCCGGCUUCAGAGACAGGAGCAAAACCGCCAUCUGAGGCAGCAAAAACUCGUUGCCAGGACCUGAUCGAUCGGCCCUUUUCUUAUCCGAUGUAUCAUACCAUUUCGUCGUUACCAUAGUUCAAUUGCUUUCUUGCUUGUUUUGGUUCAGAAUGUUCUCUCUAGAUUUAUCACACCAGUGAACAAUAAUCCCUGUUCUCCUUGUCACCGUAGCGUCUUCAGUUUUUUGUCCAGGUUCUCUCUAGGGCCCUAUUCCUAACCAGUAUAUCUCGUCAGUUUGGCUGGGCUGUGAGUAGCCUUACAGAUUCUUGUAACUAAAUGUCUGAAUGUGGUGAUAGAUAAAUCUGUCAUCUGGAAUUCUGGUACUACCGUAUGUAAAAGGUUAUUGCCAUUGGUUGACGUCCCUGUUGUGCUUGCUAGAAAUAAAAUAAUCAUUUUAAGCGGAUUGGAUUAGAAAAAUGAUUGUAGAAA